GCCGCCUGAUCUAAGCAGCCACCCGAGUGCGUCUGCGAGCGGCUGCGAGCGCACGGUCUGGCUGCCCAUCUUGGUCCCCGCAGGCGCCACCAUGUGCGGCAUCUUUGCUUACCUAAACUACCAUGUGCCCCGGACAAGGCGGGAUAUCCUAGAGACCCUUAUUAAGGGACUCCAGAGACUAGAGUACAGAGGAUAUGAUUCUGCUGGAGUUGGAAUUGAUGGAGGUAAUGAUAAAGACUGGGAGGCAAAUGCCUGCAAAAUUGCACUCAUCAAGAAGAAGGGGAAAGUGAAGGCUUUGGAUGAAGAAGUGAACAAACAACAAGAUAUAGACCUGGACAUUGAAUUCGAUGUACAUCUUGGAAUUGCUCAUACUCGAUGGGCCACCCAUGGGGAGCCCAACCCAGUAAAUAGCCAUCCACAGCGAUCUGAUAAAAACAAUGAAUUUAUUGUUAUUCACAAUGGCAUUAUCACAAACUACAAAGAUCUGAAAAAAUUCUUGGAAAGCAAAGGGUAUGAAUUUGAGUCUGAGACUGAUACAGAAACAAUUGCUAAGCUUGUCAAGUACAUGUAUGACAACCGCGAAAGUGAUGAUAUCAGUUUCACUACCUUGGUAGAAAGAGUCAUCCAACAACUGGAAGGUGCGUUUGCUCUUGUGUUCAAAAGCGUUCACUAUCCUGGUCAAGCAGUUGGUACUAGAAGGGGAAGUCCCUUGCUCAUCGGAGUGCGAAGUGAGCACAAGCUUUCUACAGACCACAUUCCAAUACUGUACAGAACAGCCACACAAUGUGUAGAUCAUUCUUUUGAUGGAAUAUCCAUAAAACUGGAGGAAGGUAAAGACAAGAAAGGAAGUUGCAGCCUCUCUCGUGUUGACAGCACCACCUGCCUUUUUCCUGUUGAAGAGAAAGCUGUGGAGUACUACUUCGCUUCUGAUGCUAGUGCCGUUAUCGAACACACUAACAGAGUGAUCUUUCUGGAAGAUGACGAUGUGGCAGCUGUUGUGGAUGGCCGUCUUUCCAUCCACCGAAUCAAGCGCACGGCUGGUGAUCAUCCUGGCCGGGCUGUUCAGACCCUGCAGAUGGAGCUUCAGCAGAUCAUGAAGGGUAACUUCAGUUCAUUUAUGCAGAAAGAAAUUUUUGAGCAGCCAGAAUCUGUUGUUAACACGAUGAGAGGAAGAGUAAACUUUGAUGACUACACUGUAAAUCUUGGGGGCUUGAAAGAUCACAUUAAGGAAAUCCAGAGAUGUCGACGUCUAAUCCUUAUUGCUUGUGGGACAAGUUACCAUGCUGCAGUCGCAACUCGUCAAGUGCUGGAAGAAUUGACUGAAUUGCCUGUCAUGGUGGAACUAGCCAGUGACUUCUUGGACAGAAACACUCCAGUCUUUAGAGAUGAUGUAUGCUUUUUCAUCAGCCAGUCAGUAGGUGAGACAGCAGACACCUUGAUGGCUCUUCGAUACUGUAAGGAGAGAGGAGCUCUCACUGUAGGAAUCACAAAUACUGUGGGUAGCUCCAUAUCCCGGGAGACAGACUGUGGAGUGCAUAUCAAUGCUGGACCAGAGAUUGGUGUUGCCAGCACAAAGGCCUACACGAGCCAGUUUGUUUCAUUAGUGAUGUUCGCUCUCAUGAUGUGUGACGAUAGAAUUUCUAUGCAAGAAAGACGGAAAGAAAUAAUGCGAGGCCUCAAGCUGUUGCCAGACUUGAUUAAAGAAGUGCUGAGCAUGGACGAUGAGAUCCAGAAACUGGCCACAGAGCUUUACCACCAGAAGUCUGUCCUCAUUAUGGGACGUGGCUAUCACUAUGCAACAUGCCUGGAAGGUGCUCUGAAAAUUAAAGAGAUCACAUAUAUGCAUUCAGAAGGUAUUCUGGCUGGUGAGCUGAAGCAUGGACCUCUUGCCCUGGUAGAUAAGCUGAUGCCUGUAAUCAUGAUCAUCAUGAGGGACAACACAUAUGCUAAGUGCCAGAAUGCUUUGCAGCAAGUUAUAGCAAGGCAGGGGCGACCUGUUGUGAUUUGUGACAAGGAAGAUAUUGAAACCAUCAAAAACAAUAAGCGAACAAUCAAAGUCCCUCACUCAGUGGACUGUCUUCAAGGGAUCCUCAGUGUAAUCCCUUUACAGCUUCUGGCAUUCCAUCUUGCAGUCCUCAGGGGCUAUGAUGUUGACUUUCCAAGAAAUCUGGCAAAAUCAGUUACAGUUGAAUAGAGUACCUCUUGCUCAUUAAGGGUUUUGGCAGAGAUCAGCGAGAGACUUUUUUUUUUGGUAUUUGGUGGUCCCGAAGGACAUUGAUUUUAAAAGACCCCUUGAUAUCAGAUCUUGUUCCCUUUGUACGAUAAAUCUUUAAUUCUGUUGCGUUUGUGACAGUUAAAAGUUGAAUCUGUAGCUAUGCCAAUAGCACUGUUGAGUGAUGAUUUCCAAUUACAGUUUACUUUUAAAAAAAACCUUGGUGGAAUUGUUCCAACCUCUGUAGUGAGUGAGAAAUCGCAUCUCUACUGCAUUAGCUUGUAGGACUUUCAGACAGUUAAGAUCUUUUGAAGAAGGAAAUUGUUAACAAAGUAGCUCUAGAAGUCUUGGGGACAGAUGCUGAGACCCUUCGACACUCCUCUCACUGACCAGGUGAGACUGACUGACUUGGAGGGCCCUUCAUGAUUGUGGACUCCUGUGCUCCAAAGCUUCCAGCAAUAAAGAUUCAUGCAGCUUGCCAGAAGCAGUACAGCAGCAUUGAUCCCUCACAAAUGGAUUCUUUCAAUCAGCCUGGUUCUACAUGGAUCCACUGUGCAUUGGCUUCAGCCCCACACACACUGUAGCAGACUGAAGUCACUCCCUAUCUUUGACGAACAAGCUUUGCCUGAGUAUUCCUACAGAGUCUUGGCUGAGGGCUAAUUCCUGUGUUCAUUUCUGAUGUGGCAAAGUCACCAUAAGGUGCAUGUCCUUGUCAUUGUGAGAUGGAGAGACAAAAUCAGGCUUUUACCCCUACAGAGUAAACUUUGGUUUUAAAGGCGCUUCUUUCCCAACAAGGGCAUUGUGUGCAUUCAGAAGAAACAUUUGCAGUACAGUGAUUUUUACUGUGUUUUAAGGUAACAUGGAAAUUGUGCCAAAUAGUCUUAUUAGUAGAAAAAAGGUUGCAUAACUCGAGGGCUCGAGGGAAUCUGAGCUUCAACUAUUGUGCAUGGUUAGAGUUGGGCAGGUAGUUGCUGGGCAGGAAUCACUGCCAGCGCACAAAGAAUCUUCCAUGUUUCGAGUCCUGCAGUGCAGUGUUGACUUCUUUUUUAUCAUGGGAAGUUGUUGGGCAAACUGUAUAUUAGUCCAUGCAAAAGAAACCUGGUUUUUCCAAAUGUUUUGUAUCCCCAUUUUUUUUCCAGCUCUCCUCUAAAUUAUCUCCUUAAAUCUAUAAAUGUUUGUGCAGGAGUCAGAACAGACACCCUUUGUUCAUUCUUUGUCAGCAGUGGCUUAGGUCAGGCUGCUGUUUUCUAUAAUCUAUGAAGAGGGAAGGGAUCUUUAUAGGGCAGGUGAUGGAACUAGCACUGUAUCAAAAUGGGAGGUGGUGGUGGUUUUUCACAUUAUUCAAAAAUUACCUUCUCUUUUUUGAUGGGCGCUCAGUUGUACAGAAAGAAGACAAUGCAUCCCUAUUUUCCCAGACAACAGGACUGGACUGACCCCACUGUUAAUCUUCUGCCCCUACUUGCAGCACAGCAAACUCCCUGUUUUGCUGUGCUACCGGGGUGGGGAGUGAAGAUCAAGAGCACUGGCAUAUCGCCUCCCCUGCACACGCGCAUCCAUUCCAAAUGACCUCAUGUUCUCUGCAUGAUCAGAUUGGUUGGGAUCAUUUAAUGACUGAGAGAAGCCUUAAGAAAAAAGAGGGGAAUCCAUUUCUACUUCCUAGCUACCUUGGCAGAGAAGCGCCCAUUGCCCAACAGCUAUAUUUAAUGUGAAUGAUAAUUUUAAAAGCAGAAGUUUCUGGUGUGCUGCUAUGUAUAGUUUUUUCCUUGGUACGAUGAAGAAUUAGAGCGAUGUUGGACAUUUUACUGGUCAAAAUGAAUGUAAGGUGUAGAGUAUGUACUUCCUUUGCUUCUCCAAAAGUGAGAAAAUGCUUGGACUUUGACACUACUAAUCCAGUCAGUGGAGAACAAAUUAGCAUUGCCCUUGAAACAUCUCCUAGAAAGAGAACAGAUGCAUAUUCUUCUAGUUACUGCUAAUACCUGUAAAGUAAAUAAGAGGGGUUAGAUACAGUUUAACUAUAUGCCCUAGAGCUGCAGGGAGAAGAGAAAGAAAUGCAAUAUAAUAGGACCAAAGAUGACCUAUAGAAAAUGCUUCUAGGCCAGAGAGCUGCAGCGGGGCUGUCCACUUCUGAAACUCCAUGAGAAUUAUGCAAAUACGAUAUAUUUAGGCUGUCUAAAGGACCAUACUAUGCCUUUUUUGGCACCUGUGUGGUGUCAUUUGUGAUUUGAUGCAUGUAGACUUUCCUGUGGUUAAGAAACCCUUGCAAGAUUGUCAAAACAUCAGUGAGGCAAAGUAGAAGAGGGUUGUGAACACCAUUACUUUGAACUACUGCUUUUCUUGUAGCUGAAGGGUAGAGGAUGUACAAGCUGUCCAGAAAUGAGACAAGGUUUUUGCAAAUAACCCAGAAUUUCUUUUUGAGUUGUUCAUCAGUUUCUUUGGACAUCAGAUUGUUCCUUGCUUCCUGUAUUUGCCAAGCCUCCUUAUUAGGACAAUUAUGUGGCUCCUUCAUCAUUCUGUAUGCUAAUGGCGAGUAACACUCAAGCCAUUUUGUUUCCUGCACUGUCCAUUAAUGGACAUCUGUCUGAUCAAGGAUGAUAGGGUGUAGCCCAUCUUAUAUCCUUCUGGACUUUUAGACAAUCAUAAAUGCUUAUGUUCAGCCUUCACUGCCGUUCUGUUAAAGAUUAAAACUACAGUUGAAUGCUGCGUGAUUGUAUUUGAUACUCAGAUUGUCAAGUCAUGAUGCAAAUGCUACACAUAGUGCUGGACCUCUUUCCUUCUGGAUAGUAAUUGAAUAUACAGUUUAACUACCAGUAGGAGAGCCUAGGUGGGAGUGGAGGCUGUUCUGGCAUCAAGGGGUAUGAACAGUGCUACUUUCUUAAAUAAGUCUGUUCUACUUGUUGGGGCUACAUUGAAGAUUCUUCUAGGAUGGGAUGUGCAGCUGGACUAGUUUUGAAGAAGCCCAGCUGCAAACCACCCUUAUAGGAGAGGUUUCUUUUCGGGAUAUAUUUAGCAAAGGGCACCACUCCACUUCAAUUUAAGUGUAUUAGAGACUCCUUGGUCCAAGAUGGGUAGUUCAAACCUCAUAGGGAUUUAUGUGGUUCAGAAAGUUACAUUUUAUGUAGCUGAAAGUGAUGUUAGAGGAAGGAGCCAAGAAUUUGCAGGCUGCUGCUCUUUCCUGGCAUGGCUUUCCAUGUGAGGUUCCCCCUUGUUUUGUACAUCGCAGACACAGAAGUUAGCAAGUCUGUUAGGGUUAACUUUAAGAAUUCAACAUUUCACCAAAGCUUGGACAUUAGUGCAUUUGUUGUGGCAAUGAUUGAACCCUUUGUUAGAUACCAAUUUCCUCAUCUUUUCCCCCUAAUGAAUGCAACUGACAUACCCGACUACUAGCCCUUAUUUGAAGAUGUUGAAUAAAGGCAGUUAAGUGUAAAACUGAAGUUGGCAAAUGUUUUUUUUUUUUUACCUCUGCUUCUUUUUCUUUUGCGCUUGUUCUUCUGAAUGUACACAUGGCUUGUCUUGGUUUACGGGACCAUUUAGUACAUGUUUUGUGCUGUGUACUCCACAGUUUUAACUUUGUCAGUAGAUGUAUGUUGAUUAGAUUUUUGUUUCUUGCCUUACCUUUUUUGUAUCUUACCCUUUGAAUAAAAAGACAUGUCCAGCCUAA